GCUGUCAGUUGUAAUCGUUGCCACGAUCCGGCUAGAAUUUAUCAUUUCGCACUUCUGAUUAAUCGAAGUAAUUGUUUAAGAAUUUCGACUUACAUUAUACAAUAUCAUCACUACAAGUCGGAAACAUGAUGGAUGGAGAUAAAACCGAUCAUUUUUACUAUUCACUGAGCGGCCAGGAAAAAGAGGAUGAGAAACUGCUGGAACCGAUGAGAUAUAUUCUUCAAGUUCCCGGAAAGCAAAUAAGAGCGAAAUUAGCUCAUGCUUUCAACUACUGGCUAAAAAUAUCUAAUGACAGACUCCAGGCCAUUGAUGAAAUUGUAAAUAUGCUUCAUAACUCGAGUAUUCUGAUUGAUGAUAUUCAGGAUAAUUCCAUUUUGCGAAGAGGUAUUCCUGUUGCUCAUUCUGUUUAUGGGAUUGCUAGCACUUUAAGCGCUGCAAAUUAUGUAUUAUUCAUUGCUCUAGAAAGAGUGGUUAACCUUCAACAUCCUGCUGCAACAAAAGUAUAUAUGGAACAAUUGCUGGAACUUCAUAGAGGUCAAGGUAUGGAUAUUUUUUGGAGAGAUAAUUUCAUCUGUCCAAGUGAAGCGGAUUAUAGGACUAUGACAAUAAGGAAGACUGGCGGACUCUUCAACUUGGCAGUAAGAUUAAUGAAACUAUUCUCAACUUGUGAAGAAGAUUUUUCAUCGUUAGUAGCUAUCUUAGGAUUGUACUUUCAAAUACGCGAUGAUUACUGCAAUUUGUGCCUCUCUGAAUAUACCGAGAAUAAAAGUUAUUGUGAGGAUUUGACUGAGGGAAAAUUCAGCUUUCCAAUUAUUCAUGCACUCGCAACCAAUCCCAAUGACAGGCAAAUAAUAAGUAUUUUAAGACAACGGACAAAGGACAUUGAAGUUAAACGUCAUUGUAUUAAGUUAUUAGAGAAAUUUGGCUCCUUUAAGUACACCAGAGGUGUCCUUGAGGAAUUGGACAUGAAGGCAAGAGCUGAGAUCGAACGUUUAGGAGGAAACCCACUACUAAUAAGGAUUUUGGAUGAAAUCAAAAACUGGGACACUAAAGAAGCGCCUAAGGAUCCUUUGACAGGAACAUUUUAAAUUCAAAAUUGGUUAUAAUAUAUUUCUUUAUUAUGUAAAGUCUUCUGUAUACAAAUAAGUUUGCAGUGAGGAUUUUUGGGAAAUUUUUAUUAAUAUUGUAACAAAUAUGUGUACACACAGUAAUUUAAUGGUAUACUGAAUAAUUAUUAGGGUUAUUAAGACUUUAUGUGGCUUUGUAUGUGCCAUAGCCGAUUACAUAUACGAGCGGGACUCAAAGAAGUUUCCGAGAAACUAUUAUUUUAAAAAAUAUACUAUUAGAAAAGUUA